CUUAUCCCUUCCAUCCCAAGGCUCAACCUUUAGACUAACAACUGUUUAACCAAAAAAGAAUACAUUCUUAUAAUAAGCCGUCACCUAGGAAGCAGGUUCAGUGACUGAGCUUGUCCUCUCUGGGCGAUUAGAGUUUCGGCCCUCGUUGAUCACCCAUCAUGAUCUACGAUACAGGAGCCUCUAUCAAUAACGAGACCUCAAUUGAGACACAGACUGGAAGCCACAGCAUCACCGACGCUGACGUGGUUGAGGCGCUACAGAAGGGCAUCCGCGAAGCUACCAGGGAGGAGCUGAUCAAUCACGGAGAGGCGUCGCUGUAUUAUGACUCUCUGACCAUGUCGCCCUUGAACGCAAUGUCCGCUGCCGCUAUUGCUCGUUUCCGUGCAUACAAGCCCCCUCCAUUCCCACUAUGGGAUCGUCUACCCGUUCGGAGGCGGGCAGCAGUCUUAGUACUACUGUAUGCUGACCGUCGCGGCGAUUUACGAGUGGUUAUCACCAUGCGCGCUGCAAGUCUGAGGAACUUUUCUGGCCAUGCUGCCUUUCCCGGGGGCAAGGCAGAUGAUCUUGAAGAGACACCAUUCCAAAUCGCCCGCCGGGAGGCUUGGGAAGAAAUUGGACUUCCCAUGGAUGAUAGCAAACUUCCAAAACCCUUCCGCGUCGAGCAUCUUUGCUAUCUACCCCCUUCCUUAGCUCGGACACACCUCGUCGUGAGACCAUGUGUUGCAUUUCUCCAUGCGGACCAGCGCACAGCAGGAGAACCGGCACCGACUGUUGAGGAAACUAUGAUUCCUAGACUUGAUGCUCGCGAAGUCGCUGCCGUCUUCAGUGCGCCCUUUUACAAUUUCCUCCAUGCGCAGGAUCUCCCUCCCGCCCCGGGUGAGACGCUGCCUGAAGGACAAUGGUACGAUGGCUUCUGGAAUCACUGGAAAGAUCACCCCUGGCGGGUGCACAACUUUUACGUCCCAGUCAACAACCAAAGCAUCUCGAAGCCGCGGCGGGAUAGCGAGCAAAGCCGUUUGGUUGACAAGCUAGAAAAAGAAGAGGAACCAGAUGGGAGAUUCAAGGUCUGGGGAAUGACGGCGCGCAUAUUGGUGGACGCAGCGAGAAUUGCAUAUGCACAGGAGCCUGGAUUUGAGCAUAAUGACAGUUUUGGCGAUGAGGAGAUCAUUGCCCAUGCGGAUAGCUUGGGGGACCUAGGGGAGAAAAUUCCAGAGAAGCGGACUGAACCUGGCGAUGCGUCAAAGAUGUAGAGAUUCUGAAGGCAUGUGGAUAGAAAUAGAAACAAGAUCGAUG